ACUAUCUCAUUAAGAAACAACAAACCAUGAAAGAAUUGGAAGAAAAAAAGAAAGCUUCUCCCAUUUAUCAAAUGGUUAAUCCUUUCAUGGAAUGGAUUCAAAUAUAUCCUAAUUAUUUAUGGUUUCCAUUUGUUGUGGCCUUUGCUUUGAUAGUGUAUUUGAUAUUCUUACUAGUGUUGAGAUUUUGUGUAGCGAGAUAUGUUCAAAAGAAACGAAAACAAAAAAUCAAACUCUAUUUGAAAGAGAAGAAGGAAAUGAGAGAAAAAUUAAAGAAAUUUCUACCUCCCAAAUUUAGAGAAGAAUCAAUGACAGAAGAAGAAGAAUUAGAUCAGGAUUCUGACCAUCGAAUGAUUGAAGAACGCAUUGAUGAAAGAAUAAUAGGUCAACAAAAAUCGUUGCAUGACUGCUCAAGAAAAACACCAAAAGAAAUGAAACGCACAAAUCAUGAUCUUUCAGAUUCUGAGGACGAACAGGAUGAAGAGGACAACCAUUCUCUCGAACACAAAAAGUUUAUUCCAAAGAAUAGUAUUAAUAAUUGUGAAAUUAUUGAACGCAAUGACAAUUCGAAUAGAAAUCAUGAGGAAAGAAUGCCAUCCACACAACUACCACAACCAAUAUUGAAAUCACGUCCCUUACCAAAUCCAAGAAGUUAUCAUAGUCCUUCCACUCGUUUUCAACCAUCUUCACUUUCUCAUAUUCAAAUUAAUAUUCAAGAUAUUGGAGCGAGUUCACAACGCAUGUCCACAGUGUCACUGGCAUCUUCUUCUUCUUCAAAUAAGAGAAAAAAGGCAUUACCCAAUCCCUUGUCUUCUUCAGCUUUUGGUUCAUCAGCAGCAGCUGCUCCAAAAGGUACACCACAGGUGGGUCAGCAUUCUGUAAAUUCAUUGAAUAAUGCUCCUCAGAAUGAUGUUGACACUUUUGACAUUUCCAAACAUCAAAAUUCCAGUCAUACUUCUCAAACUCAACAACAUCCCUCAAAACAUUCCAACAACAACCCUGGGUCACGAUCAAGAACUGAAUUACCCAAACGACCCAAAUACUUGGUCUGUGGAAAAUGUGGAGCAAUGGCUCGAGUUUGGUGUCACUCGUGUGAACAUUAUCUCUGUAUUGAUUGUGAUCAAAAGGAUGAAACCUCACAUUCCGAACGUUCCAAAUCCAAAGUCAUGAUUUGUGAUCAUUGCAUGCAACCAAGAUCCGAGUUGAAAGAACAUUUCCUUAAAGGAUCAAAUUUCAAACUUUAUGGAUGUAAAAAAUGUAUGGAAGAAUUGUAUAAGGAAAGAAAAGUGAAUCGAGUAGGAUCGAUUGUGAAGAGAUGUACCAAGUGUAUGGAUGAAGAAAUUUCUAAAACGAAUCCACAAUUGAAAUUGUGUGAUAAUUGUAUUUAUUUUUCACACGCACGCACACACCAAUCGAUCAAAUAA